CGCGGCGCGGCUUCGUGGUGUUAAACAGGAGAUUUGCUCUGUGGAAGUGGUGUUAAGCUGCAAAGUACUAGGGCUCAGGCACCACAGACGCUCUGCGGAUUUUUCCGCAUUCAGAUUGUUAAUUGGUCUGACGCUGACCAAUCACAGCCACUGGUAGAAGUGGUCCUGGAGGUGUUGUGGGACCUCCUGACUUAGCUUCAGCACCUCUUGAUGAGAUUCCGGUAGUCUUUUCUGGCCGGCCGGUGAGACGCGCGUCUUGCCUCGGCCGUGUUGGCAACCUAGCAACAUUUCAACCAAGUACGAUUUAUGCACAGGUGAUUUCGUGUACUUUAGGUCCUUGUUUGGCGGAGGGAGGCGGCGAUGAUGGAACAUACACCCUAUCUGAAACCAGUUGUCCAUGCCACCCUCCUAUAGCGCAGCGAUUAUGCAUUCAGUAUGUUCUCCUUUUGUAAAUGCAGCACUGUGGUGAUUGGCUGUACUGUCCCAGUUUGCUAGCGGCCGACCGUGUGGUGCUCUCAGAAAGGCUGCUUAACACCCUGAGGAGGUAUCGCUAUUGACAACUGUCUGUUGUUUCCGGGCUCCAAAACACUAUCGCCGUGUUAAGGGUUAAUGACACUGUUGCCUGACAGCUGUCUCCGGCGCCCCUCGUCUCCCUCUGCCUCCCUCCCUGUGUCUGUCCGCUGGGGGCGGCAACCUCCACAACGCCCCCCCCCCCCAGCCGGCGGAAGCUCCGGCAUUCGCGGGGAACAGGAGGAGAGAGGCGGGGACUCGUUUUUCCAUUUCUGGACGUUCACAAGGCAACGCUCCACCUUAACCCCUCCCACAUUUACUGGUUUUAUUGAGCGGGUGCAGAAGGCAAAACCUCCACCAAAGCCGCCUCCUCCAUGCCGUUGUAUGGGGGAUCUAGUCUCAGGCUUUUUAUUUGGAAAGCCCGCUACAUUAGGUUGGCUGAGCUGUAACUGUUCUGGAGUGCGCUGGCUGACACACAUCUGUUCACGCAUUGAUCCUCUCCCUGUUCCUUUCGAUUUUCCCAUCACAGCUCCAGGGCUCUCUGUCCCUCCCCGUUUGUAUUGUUCUCUCUUUGUGUCUCUCCCUCUCUCUGUCUCUCCCUCUCUCUGUCUCUCCAUCUCUCUGUAACUCUUCAUGCACUGGCCUCUGUGACGAUGAUGUGGUGUCAUUAUUAAGGACGGUGGGAGGCUGUCUCCCCAAGGACACUGGUCCCUUACCCGCUCAACAUGACACUGCAUGUCUCUGAAUGACUGUGUGUGUGUGUGUGUGUGUGUGUGUUGAGGUCGGGGGGAGGGUGGGGGCAUGCGAGUGUGUGUAUGCGUUCUGAACGGUUUAUCCCGGCUAGCCCAGAUGCCCCGGCUAAAUCCAUCACCAGCGGUGCGACUCAGCGAGGGCUAAGCUGGAACAUUUGGCGCUGAGAGGAGGAGCAGUGGUGAGGAGGAACACACAGUUUCUCUUUCAAACACCAGGCAGUGGAGGAAGGGGAUUUUUCUUUUUGUUCUCUAGGGGGACUCUCAGGGAAAGGGACAGGAGCACUUUCCCCCCUCUGAGCCUUCGGCGGGGCUGGAGUGACCGUCCGUCAGACUGCCCGUCUGAAAGGAUGGAAAUGUGUGAUGAUGAACUGGGGGUCUUCACCGUCAUCCACUCCGGACUGGCACAAUCUCCCAGCUCAGCGGAGAUGGAGACCACGGAGAGGAGGCUCAGCAUUGCCCACCGCAGCCAGGGGGAGGGGGAGGUAGAGCGGACUGGCUAGUCCCGGGGUGGUCCUUCCGGCCCACCACACCCUCUCAAGGGCAUCACUCUCCGGACCGGAGGCACAACUGGUCUGAAGGCUGUGCGAGGAACCACUUCUCCGAUGUUUCAGAGACGCUCCUCGCGGAGUCCUGCCACAGAGAUUGCGUGAAUCCGGUGUUUGGAUGUAAAACUCUGGAUUUCGAAUCUGGAUCUGAUUCCCACUCAGGCGGGGCCUGAGUUCUGUCAGGCGUAGCUUGAACGCAUGGACGUGUUUGGUUUCACGAAGAUGGCAAAGCUGCCCGGCCACAAGAACAAAUCGUCCGGCUGGCCUCCUCCCUCGGGAUCCUGGAGCACCCUGCCCGGACCCCCCUACGGAUGGGACAUGGGCUCUUCCAGGGAUGGCCGUGAUUACUUCAGCAAUCACGUCUCCCAGAGCAGCUCACUGGAGGAGGUGCAUCGGCUGGAUGGGGUACAGCUGAUGCCCCCUGCCCCCCGGAUGGUGGAGAUGAGACGGGACCCCGUGCUGGGGUUUGGCUUUGUAGCUGGGAGUGAAAAACCAGUGGUGGUCCGCUCCGUCACCCCAGGGGGUCCGUCGGAGGGAAAGCUGAUCCCAGGAGAUGAGAUUGUCAUGAUUAACGACGAAGCGGUCGGCUCGGCGCCUAGGGAACGAGUCAUUGACCUUGUCAGGAACUGUAAGGAGUCCAUAUUGUUGACUGUGGUCCAGCCAUACCCUUCGCCCAAGUCGGCAUUCAUCAGCGCGGCCAAAAAAGCCAAGCUCAAGUCCAACCCGGUCAAAGUGCGCUUCGCUGAAGAGGUCAUCAUCAACGGUCAGGUUCCGAAUGUAGUAAAGGACAACUCCCUCCUCUUCAUGCCAAAUGUUCUGAAGGUGUACCUAGAAAAUGGGCAGACCAAGUCGUUCCGCUUUGACAACAGCACAUCUAUCAAGGAUGUCAUCAUGACUCUGCAAGAGAAGCUGUCCAUCAAAUGCAUCGAGCAUUUCUCUCUGAUGCUGGAACAAAGGACGGAGGGAUCGGGCAGCAAGCUGCUACUCCUGCACGAGCAGGAGAUGCUAAUUCAGGUGACACAGAGGCCUGGGUCUGAUAAGAUGAAAUGUUUCUUCAGAAUAAGCUUUGUUCCAAAGGACCCCGUCGAUCUGCUCAGACGGGAUGCAGUGGCAUUUGAAUAUCUCUACGUUCAGAGCUGCAACGACGUGGUUCUGGAGCGCUUUGGCUCAGAGCUGAAGUACGACGCCGCCCUCCGAUUGGCCGCUCUGCAGAUGUACAUCCUCACCAUGACGACUAGGCAGACACAGAAGGUCUCCCUUAAAUACAUCCAGAAGGAGUGGGGUCUGCCACUUUUCCUGCCUCCAGCAGUGAUGACCAGUAUGAAGGAGAAGAAUAUAAAGAAGGCUCUGGCUCACAUCCUCAGAACCAAUCAGAACCUAGUCCCCCCAGGGAAGAAGUUGACUGCACUUCAGGCCAAGGUUCACUACUUGCGAUAUCUCAGUGACCUGAGGUUGUAUGGAGGGAGAGUGUUCAAAUCCAUACUUCUGCAAGGUGAGAAGCAGACGGAGGUGACCCUGCUGGUGGGGCCCAGGUACGGCAUCAGUCACGUGAUCAACGCCAAGACCAACCUGAUGGCCCUCCUGGCGGACUUCAGCCACGUGAACCGCAUCGAGAUCCUCACCGAGGACGACGUCAAUGUCCGCGUGGAGCUACAUGUCAUGGACGUUAGGCCCAUCACAUUGAUAAUGGAAUCUAGUGACGCCAUGAACCUGGCCUGUCUCACCGCGGGGUAUUAUCGCCUCCUGGUGGACUCUAGAAGAACUAUCUUCAACAUGGCCCAGUGCAACAGCAUCACUGAGGAAAUGGAUCCAGAUAGACUUUUGGAGUGGCCGUACAGCACUUCAUUAGGGAGCUGUGAGGACCCGAACGCUGCAGGUCGGGAUGAGCAUUACAACAGCAAAAUGGACUUCUCCAACUGCGGACCGAGAGAAAACAACAUCUCUAACUACAUCCCCGAGCCUCCCCACCACAGCUUGCCCCCUCAGCAGAACGACCGGCCGUUAGAGGGAAGGAGUCGCCCCCAGCCCCCUCCUCUCCCCCCGACCAGAAACAAACCCCAGGACUCCCCGCGGAGCGCCAAGGUCUCAUUCAUCUUCGGUGACCCCCCUCUGAACACCGUGAACCCCCAGAACUUAGGCUACGAGCGCCUGAUGGACGAGAGUCCAGAGGUGCCCAGGCCCCCCGCUUACUUGCGCAACAACGGCCACAACACCGGCGACCUCAGAACCGCGGACGGGCUGCCGGUGCCCUUCCAGUUCGCCGGUGCCAGUGGCAGUCAGCACGUGAUCUACAGCAACAUCGGCGAGGAGCCGGCGGAGGAGCCGCUGUUGCGCGACCUCUGCUACGCCGACACCACGGACGAUGCGGAGGACGAGGACGACGCCAGCUGCGAGGAGGACUCGGCCGGGACGGGCGCCGGGCGGGAUGUCGGCGGAGGCGCCACGGCGGCGAGCCAGGCCACGUUCCUCAGCCUCUCAGGCUCCAGCGACGACAUCAUCGACCUGACCUCGCUUCCUCCGCCCGAGGGGGACGACGAAGACGACGACACCGACGGCGCGCUCCAUUCGCUGAAUCUCGCCAUCGCGGCCCCUCCCCCAGGGUUCAGGGACAGCUCGGAUGAGGAGAGCCCGGAGGGCCGCCCGCGGGCCACCGCCACCGACGACAUGCCUGUGUCACUGAUCGACGCCGUGCCCACGGGGGCGCACGCUGAGGCGAGUGGCGGGGAGAGGAGGCUGGAAGACGCCGUGGUGUCCACGCUGCAGGCGUUGGAAGCCCUGGCUGUGUCCGAGGAGAGGCCAUGCCCACACCCGCCACGCCCACAGCGACCACACCCAAACAGUAACCCAGGUGUGAAUAUCUCUCGAGCCUUCAGUCCAGAAUCUUCCUCUGACUCUGGCAAUGAAACCAACUCCUCUGAGAUGACCGAGACCUCAGAGCAGGCUGCUGCCCACAAACUCAUCCACGAGAAUCACCGGCGCCUCCUUAUUGCCACCCAUGAGGGCUACCAGCCUCUGAUGGAGGAGAAAACAGACUUCCCAGUCUCGCCUAGCACAGCAGGAGGGGCCACCAGAAAGAAACCCCACAGUCCCACCCAUAAUCAAGAUGGGGGGCCACAAUCAUCUUCUACACUUCCUAAACAGACCCUCCAUCCAGAUGCCAUGCAGCUGGACCCAGAAACUGUUGACACUCUGACUAAUCUCUCCUCUUGCUCUGGCAAACGACCCAACUCUGUGGUUGUCGGAGGGAAACGAUCCAAAAAGUCAGCCGAUGUCAACGGGAAGUUCAACACAUUCAGUGCCAGAGAUGGCCACAGAGGGAACCAGCUGGAGAUGGAGCGAGCCUUGUUCUGCGGCAGGCUGCAGAGAAGGUUGCCGCCUCCUCUUCUGGAGAGCUCCACCUCCGUCAUGGCGGAAAACCUGGCGGCAAACAGUCUGCCAAGGAUCCAGCGUGGCGUGCUGCGCCCCCCUCCCCCGCACCCUGAACGGAUGGAGCCUGAUGAGGAGCGCAAGGAGGCUUCAGGGGGUAACAAUGAGGCCACGGCUAUCCAAGAGGAGGAGCACCCGGGGGGAGCACCAUCAGGUCCCUUCCCCUCCUCCCCAGCCAAGAAACCCCGGGAACUUCCUAGCGGGCAGGGGGAUGCCCCAGCGGAGCCGCUUCAGCAGGUGAGGCCAGGGGUGGCCCGGCUCUGUGAGUACCACCUGGCCAAGCGGAUCUCAUCCAUCCAUAGCGAAGCCCAUAACUCCCUGCAGGGCUCACAGUGCUCGUCCCUGGACGCAGGCUGCAGCACGGGGAGCAGCGCCUGCGGCACCCCGACGGACUCGCCCCUCUGCCCCCCUGAUGGUCAUCGCCACCCGCUCUCCGAAUCGUCCUCGUCUCUCGCCAGGGUUCUCACCUACGAGGACAAGGCUCCCCACGGCGCCCCAGGUCAGACCCCCUCGGGCAAGGACCUCCACCCCCACGCGGACCCUGCACUCCUGCGGAAGAUGCUGCCCAACAUCCACCCCCCGGGGUCGGAAAGAGACGGUUCCAUCCGGUCGGCCAAGAUGAAAGAAACCCCAGGUAGUACAGCUAGAAGGGCUAACCUUCAAAAUGAUCUGCAUGCCAAGCCAGCCUGUGCAAGGGGUGCCAACCCCAAGGAGGGGAGUGAGGCCUAUAGGCAGCUCAUUAACUACCUGACAGUGAGCCAGAUGCACCAGGGGGGGAAGUUGCACAGUGCAGGCCUGGGAGGGGGAGUCAGGAAGGACACCAGGAGGUAUAUUACUAGCAAUCCCCAGAUUAUAGAAAUGGUUAGGAGCAAAGGGAACACUGUGGGCCGCUAUCCAUGCAUGCACCCCUCGUCCUCCUCGCCUUUCCUCAGCCCAAGUCUAGUCAACCUCAAUGCUGCUGCCUCGUUGGGCUGCAAAGGCCCCCGAACGUAUCUCUCCGCCACCCUCCCCGCUAAGCUGAAGAGCGCUCCUGACUUGCAUGCUCAGAGACCCGUCGACAGUCUUGAAUUGAGGCCCAGUGGCGCAGAGAGGAGGAGCUCCUUUUCGGGCCUUGAGAGGGAGUUAGAGAGCGGCGCUGUCGACCCCGAGGUCGAACGGUUCUUGUCGUUAAGGGAUGGCGCCCAUGGAGGGGGCGGGGGCAUGGUCCACAGGCCCCCCUCCAGGUCGCGGAGCGUGAUGUCCCAAGGCGGCGCCGGCAGCUGUGGCCCAGAGGAGUGGCUCAGGUCUGACUGCAGGACAAAGCAUGCCGUCCAACAGGCCCUUAACGAUUCUCUCUGUUUCUCUACCGCCCCUAGUGUAGCUCGCACUGAGCAGCUGGGGACGCUACUAGGAGCGGGAGCGGGUGACCACCCGUCAGCUUUCAUUAGGCAGGCCCGGGCCUGUACCACGCAUCCACCCCCCCCUCCACCACCACCACCGCCGCCGCCGCCGCCGCCUCCCCUACCAGUCAACAUGAGCGCUCACAACUGCACUGUGCCAAAACAGGAGUCCACCGUCACACACAGGGAGAACCACGUCCAGUCAGUCACCCCCAGCCUCCACCACCAAUGCGAGCCCAACAUCGGUAGCCUUCACCGGAGCAGGGACUCAAGCAUGAACAGCCUUCACCGGAGCAGGGAGCCCGGCGCCAACAGCCUGCCGCGGGGCAGGGAGCUCAGACGGAGCACCAGUAAUGUAACCACAGGCUCCGGUAGUGUAGAGAUGCUCUUCGAUAAAGCCAGGACUAAGUGCCAGCAGCAGCAAGGAUCUACUGACCCCAAACCCCAGAGAAGACCCGCAAGGAAGAGGUUGUCAAAGAGCUACUCACAGGGCUCUGUGGCAUCCACGUGCUGGUCAGCUGGGGGCAGAGACAGCCGGAGGGCUUCAGUGAUGUUCCCCCUGCAGAAGGAUGCCAAGCAUAUGAAGGGAUCGCAAAAGCUGGAUGCAGGCAGUCCCUGGAGGUGCCACGGUCCUUUCAGCUACUGCUUCUUCAAGAGGAAGAGCCAGGCGGACGAGGACGAGGUAGAUGCCGGCGAAAGGGAUGAGAGGGUCGACAGUUUGAGGCGCUGCCGUGGCAGGGAAAUGGAGGAAGCCUCUACCUACGGCCUAGCCACGGACGCGGCCGGUGAUCAGCUGUACGGCGAGGUCCUGACUAACAUGAGCUUCAGCGACCGCCUUUCACGCAUCAACGCACUCAAAGACCGCAUGUACGUCUUCCCCAGUGGCUUCUCAGACGUGCGCCGUGACGCCAGCGAGCUCAUUGCCCUGGUCCGUUCCAGUGUCGGCAGGGGGGACCGCGGUGGCCAGUCACAAGUCCCGGUUGACCUUUCCCAGUACAAGCAGCUGCUGUCCAUCGAGUCCAAAGAGCUGGGGCGUGCGUGCCGCAGGAUGGCCCAGGCUCAUGGCAGCCCGGAGGAGAUGCUACUGGCCAUCACCUGCAGCUUCCAGGUGCUGUGCUGCCUGUCCGAGGCCUGCAUGUGCCUGGUAAGGUGUCUGGGGGCGUCGGCCAGCCAGCAGCAAAGGGAGGUGGUGGCCAAGGUGGACGAGGUGGUCAUGAACUACAUCUGCCUGCUGCGCGCAGCUGAGGUGGCAUCCAUUGGAGCGCCCAGCGACCACAACGUCAGCGCCCUGGUCCGUCACUCCAGCACCAUGUCGGCCAUUGCCAAUGCACUCACCCGCUCCCUCAAAACACUGCUUAGCAAAUAGUGGGGCCGCCCAGCUGGUGGCCCUCGACUGUUAGUGUUGUGUACAUUAUGCAAAGCCAUACAAGCCACUGUCCUUUGGAAUAAGAACUGAUGUUAUUAUAGGCACCCUUCUUCUUGUGCAUAUGUAUUUUCUAUGUAUAAAAUGUACAUACAUAUUAUACGCUUUAUGAUAUACAUAUAUAUAUAUAUAUCUCAAUGUGUGUAUAUAUCAAUGUGUAUGUAUGUGUGUGUGUGUAUAUAUAUAUACACAUUGCUAUAGACAUUUUAAGAGGUUAUUGGGAAAACAUAUGUAAUUAAUGUGAUAUUUAUGAUGCAGUUCUAGGUUGCAAUGUGGAGAGGACUGACCCCAACAGAUCACUUAUUGUAAAUUGCACUGCAUUUAGCACCGCUUCAUAUUGUCAUUUUUAAAUUAUGUUGACCAUUUUUUUAACAAAUAUCAAGGGAAUCAAUAUAUAAUAAAAAAAAUUAAAAUAAGUAAGCAAUUGUCUAUUUAAAGAGCUUUUAGGUCAACCAAGCAGUGUGUAACUUUGGAUUUUUUUAAAGUUCGUUCAUUGUAAACAUUUUACUAUGAUUACCUCUAUAUUCAAUGGCAUCCUUACACAUCUAUGCAUCUGAUGAAAUUGUAUUUCUCUCACCAUAAACAUUCUCUAAUCCCCUCAAAAAAAGUCAGCAUUCUUUGACCAAUUAAAAUGUUUUACAGAUUUAAGAAUCA